AUGUCUCAGUUUUUGGUUCGAAUCGCAAAGAUCUCAUCAUCCUCAAUUGUGAAGAAGAAGCAGCAUGGACUCUGUUUCAAUCAAUUACGGUCACUGUCCACGGCGGCGACGCCGUAUCUGCUUUUCAAGGAGACCGACAAGUAUGAAAUGACAUUAUCUUGUGAACCAUUGGUCGAAUUGAACUUGUACGAUCCGAGGAAAGACGAAACAGUGACCAUACCCGACCAGACGCUGACGAAGGAGCUCCUCUCAUCGACGAAAGAAGGAUCGUCGGGGGAUGGGUGGUUGCGAGGAACACAUACGACUCCACAUUGCAUCUCACCAACAUGUUCAACCCUUGUGCCUCUGCUUCCUCACGCAAAGUUAUCUCUUUGCCUCCAACUAACGAGCGAAUCUGGACAAUCUCUUUCUCGGCCUCGCCGGACCAAGAAGACUGUGCAGUGGCCGCCAAGUCAACCGGUUCAUCUCUCAUUGGUGAGUCAUGAAGAGUACAAUGGUCCAGUUGAUCUCGUCGACACUAGCUCUGGCUUCCCUCAGAUGAGUCUAUACCGGAGUUUCCCUUUCUCCGACAUCCCCCAGAGUAGACUAGAACAAGUUUACUCAACUUCCAAGUCUCAACACAUUGUCGAGUCACCUUCUGGCGAAUCCUUCAUCGUUCACUGGUUUAACGAGUACUUGAACAAGGAAGAAAUCGAGGCUUCACGCGCCAAGGAAUAUCAAUCCUCCUACACAGAGAAGCCCAAGGGGUUUGUGGUGUUUAGGCAAGACCCUGAGCAAAAGAUGAGUUGUUACACUGAAGACAUUGGCGAUCUCUGCAUUUUCCUAGGCAAAAACGAGGCCUUCUGCGUCUCUGCAACCGAGUAUCCUGGACUUAAGCCAAAUUCCAUCUACUUUGCAAACACUUUCACAGGGUUUGGUUUGUACGACCUUUCCUCCAACACUCUCCACGACAUCAUCAAUCGGCCUCCUUACUCAUGUCGCCACGUUUGGCUGGCCCCUCUCUAG